AUGCCGGCGUCUCUCAAGUAUAUUCUCAUCACUGGAGGAGUGGUCAGCGGAGUCGGUAAGGGUAUUAUAGCCAGCAGUAUCGGCGUAAUACUGAAAUCGCACGGCUUCCAUGUGUCAGCGAUUAAGAUCGAUCCAUACAUCAACAUCGAUGCGGGAACAUUCUCCCCGUUCGAACAUGGUGAGGUUUUCGUAUUGGAUGACGGCAGUGAGGUGGAUCUGGACCUGGGCAACUACGAGAGGUUCCUGGGCAUAAAAUUGAACUCUAACAACAACAUCACCACCGGCAAGAUCUACUCGGACGUCAUCAGUCGCGAGCGAAAAGGAGACUAUCUCGGAAAGACGGUGCAAGGCGAGUUGGCAUGA